CAUCAAUAUCAAGGUCAUUGAUAUAACACUUGCAUACUAUAUAAUUUGUAAAUGUGGAAAACAAGAAUUAGGGCUAGAUAAUUGGAUGGCGCAAAUAAAAGAAGUGCGAAAUGAGAUAUUUCAUCUAUCAGAUAUACAAGAAAUGUCAGACGACAAAUUUAGAAGGAAAUGGAAAAUGGUGAAAGGAUCAAUAUUGGGAAUAGCUAAGCUCAUAGAUUAUAAAUUCGCUGAUACAACCAAGCAAAAGAUUCAACAAACAAAAACGAUUACUUGUAUUCCUGAUUAUAUGUUGAAGUAUGAGAUUCUUUGUCGUGACUACUGGAGAAACAAAUGUGCUGAAUUUGAGAGAGCUCAAAUAGAACGUUUCAACAAUAAAGAACAGGCUUUUCGCAUACAAUGUCCGAAGGUCGACAGAAAAUCCAUUGGACAAGAUUCCCAGAAAACAAUGGAGGAAAUACGAAAUUGUAAAACAACUGUUGACAACAUCAAUAUACUGAUUAAGGCUUUUGGGAAUGAACAAAACAUGAACACGUUUAAGGAUACAGAAUCAAUAAAUAAAGGUUGUAAGAGUGUUCAUGUCCCCGUUUUUAUACAUCUUGCCUUACCGGCAACAUUGAAUAAAACAAAAGUUUUGGAAAAUCUCGACGAAAUGAGGUUGAACAGGACAUCUGAUAUGAGUAUAAAAAUCUUGGCAGUUUCCCCAGAGGACCUUAACAUUUAUUCAGAGAUUGCAAGUACCGUUUUUAGAAAAGUAGAUACACUUAGAGACGAAUUGAAGAAUACUAUGUCUGGAAUGCUUGCAGAAGCACCAAAUGACCCAGGACAAACUGAAACAGUUGUUGUUACUUUAACAAUACCAGAGAUUACAGAAUCAGUACCAUUUGAAUCGUCUUUCCAAUUUGAUAUUAACCGACGAAAAAGGAUUGUACUACAAUCAAAUUCAGAUUUCGGAAGUCAAGAUUGUAUAAUUACAAAUGACCAGUUGGUGUUUACUGAUUAUAAACGCUCCUGCUUACUCAUCUACAAUUUUAAUGGAAGUCUGGAUCGAAACAUCAUGUUGUCGGGUAAACCUUUGAGUAUAUCGGUACUAAACGACAGCGAGGUUGCUGUGUCAUAUAAUCGAGAAAGUAUAGACAUUAUCAGUAUAAACACAGGAAAAGUAAAGAAUACUAUUAAAACAAGUGGUAUAAUUGGCGGAAUAUCUUAUCACAAUGAACUGAUUUAUGCUGUAAUCAAUACCCAGAACAUAAAUGUGAUAAAACUGACAGGAGAGAUAGUCCUAUCUUUCACGUUGCCUUUUGAAUCAAAGCCACGGUGCUUAUCAUGUGAUACCGACAGAUUGUUCAUAACUGAUCUCUACACUGAUACUUUAUACUGUUGUGACUUGAAUAAGUCAGUCAAAUGGACGUUUACUAAUAAUGGGAUGCGCAUGCCGACGGGAGUUACAACAGAUGAGUAUGGUAAUGUUUAUGUUGCUUGCUACAGAUCUAACAAUGUUAUAGUGGUAUCACCUGAUGGUAAACAUCAUAAAGAAUUACUUACUGAGAAAGAUGGUCUUCAAAAGACGUCAGGGAUAUACUAUGACAAAUCAAACGACUGUCUGUUGGUGUGUAGUAGAGAAAAUUGCGAUGCAUUUCUAUUUGAUGUAAAACAUUAAGCUUAGAAUGAAUGUCGUUUUAGUGAUAGAACCUGUAUGUGUAAAUUUAACACUUCAAUUUAAUCAGUGUCUUAUAUGACUAGUAUAAUGCGCUGUACGUGACAUACUUAUAGCUUGAACAAAGGAAUAUAUGUGAUACAUGUUAUAUUUUUAAUUAUUUUAUCCCAUUCACAUUUAGAAAAUAAUACGUGUGAAGGAGCUGAGUUUCUAUGAUUUGUUUUAUAUCAGUUGUUUAAAAGUCAUUUGUUCUUAUAGCAUUGAAGUUAUACAAAGACCUCAGAAACUUAACUUUACCAGUUUUAAAAUGUCUGAUAUGGUAAUCCUUCAGAACAUAUGUUCAAAUAUGCUUCAAUAAUAUACAUUUUUUGAAAUUCAAAAAAUGAAAAAUUUGUGACACCAGUGAAGCAAUUA